AUGGCUGCCCCCAUGACCGCCGCGCACGCCGAGGCGCUGCUGCCGCGGCCCCCCCCUGCGCAGGACUACGGGACACUGCAGCGGCCCACGCCGCUGGCCUCCGCUGCGCCGCUAGCGCCGGCGCCGUUGCCUGACAGCUCCGGCGUCGGCGACAAGGACAUGAAGGUGUCCUGGUGGGACUGGAGCGACCCGUGGUGGCUGCUGGCCUACACGGCGUCGGAGGUGGGGGGUAUCACGUUCGCGCUGCUCUGCAUGGUGUCCAUGGUGCUGUUGAAGAAAGAGUUCUGCAUGGACUGCGAAAUCCCUGGCCUGAGGCCCUGGGAGGUGGGCCUCUGCGAGUACACCAAGUCCUACGUGAGGCUCUUCCCGCUCCUUGGCCUCGUCGUCGCGCUCGCGGUGGCCAGCCGCACGCUGCUGCGGCGCCACUUCUUCUACCAGAUGCUGAAACACAGGGUCGUCGUGCGGCUGCAGAGCAAGAAGCCUCUGCAGGACUGGCUCUUCCUGGCCCUCAUCGUGGGUCUCCUGCACGUGCUGUGCCACUUCUUCCUCUACCUCCGCACGACGAAAAAAACAGCGGCAGCGACGAUGGGGCAGGAGCGCCGGCAGCGGUCGGCGGGAGCCGGCAGGCAGAGGAGGGCCUGCGCUCCGAGAGGGCAGCUCUUCCAGCGCGGCGCUGGCGGCCUCGGGCUCCAGUGGGAGCCGUGA